GAAAUAUGGUGCGCACUUCUUUGGCGGCAAUGGUGAGCGAUCAAAAGAGCCUGCCACCCUUCUGGCCGGCGAUUUGGAAAGGGACGAAGAGAUUCGCCAGCAAGCUCGCGAGUUGAAAGUUAUUGUGGAAGGCAACGUCAUCACCAGGGACGCAGUAGUCAACAAUGCAAAAGUGAUGGAGCUUGCCAUCAACCGUGUUGAACUGGCUGAUGCCGCGGGUGAUGAACUGGCUGACGAAAAGAUGCCGGAACAUGUAGAUGUUGAUCAGCAAGUUCUGGAUGCAGCCCACGCGCUGAACGAUGCCGUAGAGGUACCUGCUGACUCCAACGCAGUGAUCGCUCCAGCUGGAUCUGGCCAGGUCGAGGGAGGUAACAACAUGGACAACGUGGACACUUUGCCUAUGCCUGACUUCGAAACGGGUGGACUACUGGGAACUGCGAUUCCUGCUGAUGUGGAGGAGGAUGUGGGAGGGAGUGGGGAUCAGGGUGAAGCCGUGACACCGACUGAACCAGAAGCAUCUCCUGCCGAAACCGUUUUGGACACACCGGCCCCAAAAGUCUCAGGUGAGGAGGUGAAAUCAGAACAGGGACAAGUUGUUGAGCAGCCCACUGAAGAGGUUGAGGACAAGCAGGUACAAAAAGAGAAGCAAAGCAUCCGUGCAAAAGCUCAGCAAAGCACUGGUCACAAAGGUUCUUUUAAACGCAGCAUGUCAGUUGGCCAGCUCAUGGAGAAAACCCAUGAGUUCGGUUCUGUUCCCACUGGAUUGGUCCAGGUACCAAUUGUUGGGACCAACUCAUCCAACAAAGCGAAAGGUGCAAUGACUGAAGUUGCCCUCACACGUAGGGAAAAACGCAGACAGACCGCACAGGCAAGGAAGGAGGAUGAAGGGCAGCCUGAAACUUGGGACAGCAAUACAACAAUUGCCCCAGACGUCCAAUGCCCCCCCAAAAAAAGGGGAAGGAAACCCAAGGAUCGAAAGGUCGAAGAGGGACAAGACAAACCCACCCGUGCCAAGAAAGGUCCUGCAAAGCCCAAGGCUAAGAGCAAGAAUGCUGGCCCAAAAGCGAAAAGCAAGGCAGCAGCACGCAAGGAAAAAAAGAAAGCAACCACAGGUGCAACCCCAUCUAGUGGGUCAGCCGCAGACAGUCGCAAGGCAGAACAAAAAAAGGCAUAUUCCCGCAAGUCAGCAGCUUACCACCGGGCAUUCAAGAUGGCACAGCAGAAUGGCCUGACGGUGGAUGAGUGCAAGGCUGCUGCCAAGAAAGUCUACCGCCAUUCGUUUUGGAUGCUUCAUCAUGGAAGCAAAUCUCCUAAGAGGGAGUAUCCAAAGGGCCUGGGCAAAUCUUUAGUCAAGAUCUACAGGGACAUCAAAAUGCACAAAAGACCCAUGGCCUGCCUUCGUCAGAAAGCUGAUUUGCCUUACACUUCAGAGCUCCAGUUAUUCAACAAUCUUCCCAUGGGGGAUACCUGGCCUGAUGCUGGCCUCAAGGAAUGCUAUUUGUACUUGUGGAAGUACAAGAAGGUGGCCAUCCCGGAUGAGUGGGUCCCGACCAUGCUCCAAUUUACCAAGGAUCUUCGAACUGAUGCUGAAGCAGCGGUGAAGUCAUUGCAGGCAGAGUUGGGGCUCGCAGUUGGAGGUGACCUUUUUCAGCAACCUGUGCGGCGUGGUGAUGGUGCUACCUUCAUGCCUGGUGAACCUCCCCAGGUCGCCAAAGCAGCCCCAGCCGCAAAAGAAGUACCGACAGCUGCGAAGUCAGCGCCCAAGCCAAAACCAGUUGAACAUGAGUCAGUACACGACCUCGCCUCCCCAACAGCUACCGAACGCCGUGCUCAAUACCAGGGUGGGCGGGGUGGAGAGGAGACACUAUACUUUGGUUCUCCCCAGCAUGAUGGUGUUGGGGAUGGCCACAACUCAGAAGCUGGUAACAAGUUUCCAUCUGCUGAUGGUUGGGAAAGUCCACGGUAUGACGCAAGUGAAGCAGGUGCCCCUGAGAACCCUGAGGAAGAUUUGCAAGAGCAAAGAAACCCACCAGUAGCAAGGGGCAACAACCAGGUUCCAACCCCACCAGUUGACCAGAACCAGAAAGCAAGUGUGUAUGAAGAUGGCAUGUACUGGCGGAUGUACCGAUACUUCAAACCUCGCAAUGGAAGGAGCGCAGCCAGCAAGGAGGCCCUUGCGAUGUUCAAUGACAAGACCAAACGAGACCAGUUGGCCGAGAUCCUCAAGAAGGAGGGGAGCUUUGGUGCACUGGAAGUUCGUGUGAAGGAGAUCUGGAAGAAGGCGGAGGUACACAAGGCUGAUGAAUUCAGGGUCCCGACCAGUGAAUCUUACGCCUUUGCCGAAACCAACACCAAGUCGUCUCAGAAAUCAGCCAGCUUUGAGAUGGAAGAUCCAGAUGGAACCCUGCUGGACAUGAACUCCGUCUCUGCAGAGGGGACCAUGAUGACAUUUGGAAGCUAUAUUGCGCAGUACAUCGACGGCAUGGGAAAGAAAUUGGACAAAGUGGAUGAACUGAAGGAGAGAGGAGAGGAUCGCCAAUUAUGGAACUCCCCGUUUGCGGGCAUGCUGGACACUGCUCGCAAUGACUACAAGGCCACAUAUGAUAAGCUGAUGAAGUUCGAGCAGGAUCAUUGCACGGUGCUAGCUCCUUCUGUUGGUCAGAAGGAAAACCUACGCGAUCUCUACGUGGCGUGCCAGAAGAAGGAUGUGAGCUUGAAUCACAUCAUGAGCCGCUUGUCAAAUUUGAGCCACGUCACCCGCAGGGCAUUGAAGCCAGCGCCAAAGGCGAAGAGCGCACCAAAGGCAAAGGCGAAGUCGAUGGCUGCGCCGCAUGAGCCUGAGCCCAAAGCUUUGGCCAAGAAGCGGGCUGCGCCCAAACGGGGGGCAGCUGAGACUGCGAAAAAAACUGCACGGAUUGCCGAGCUGAUUUGCAGCAAGUCCGAGUCCCAACGAGCUGGCAGCUUGUUGUGCAAAAUUGCUUCCACCAAGAGCUCAGUGACCAACGUCACCAGAAACCUGAGACGGGUGAUUCGGGGCGCUGAUGCCACAGAGGGCUACCUUCAGCUGGCUUCAAUCUC